CCAGCAUGGCAGAGGGUGUGGCCUGGCGAAGGGUGUGUUCCAACAAGGCUGUUGGGCAGGCAAGGCAGGCCGGGCAGGACUGGGAGGAGUUUCAGGGCCUCCGUGAAGCCAUGCUCGGGCAGCAGUGAUAGUGUCCACGGGGCCCGGGCUGCCCCAGCUGCUGAGGAGGAGGACAGAGGAGGGCUGGAGACCUCCCUGAGGUGGGACCUCCUCGGGCCGGAAACUGCAGAGUAUGUGCUGAGAAACCAAAGCAACGCACCAGCCCAGUGGCCCCUGCCAGCUGCCCAGAGCCACCAAGGAGCAUUCCCUCAGCAUGGAUGCGUGACAUCUUAACAGUACCCACAGUGGGAUGGCCCAUACAGACCCAGAACAGGCCUGAGAUAGGUCCAGAGACCCCACCCAGGAUCCAGGGCAGAUGAGCAAUGCAUCAGGGUUUCUGAAAACAGCCGGAGCUCCCCUGGUGUCAGCGACCUGGCUUCCGCCCAGCCCCCCUCCGGCAAUGCCCGCAGUGGCAGCCGGGCCGCAGAUGGAGCGCGUGGACAAUGGCUCACAAGGACCCCCCCAGCUCUUCCUCACCAGCGCAUUGGCCCGAGGCGUUUCAGGCGUAUUUGUAUGGACUGCUCUGCUCCUAACCUGCCACCAGAUCUACUCCCACCUACGUUCCUACACCGUCCCGCGAGAGCAGCGGUUCGUCAUCCGCCUCCUCUUCAUUGUGCCCAUCUACGCCUUCGACUCAUGGCUCAGCCUCCUCCUCCUCGGGGGCCAUCCAUACUACGUAUACUUCGACUCUGUGAGAGACUGCUACGAAGCAUUUGUCAUCUACAGUUUCCUGACCUUGUGCUUCCAGUAUCUGGGGGGAGAGAGCGCCAUCAUGGCUGAGAUCCGUGGUAAACCUAUCAGGUCCAGCUGCUUCUAUGGGACCUGCUGCCUCCACGGCAUGUCCUACUCCAUCACUUUCUUACGUUUCUGCAAACAGGCCACGCUACAGUUCUGCAUCGUGAAACCAGUCAUGGCUUUGAUCACCAUCAUCCUCCAGGCUUUCGACAAAUACCAUGACGGGGAUUUCAACAUCCACAGUGGCUACCUGUACGUGAGCCUCGUGUACAACGCCUCGGUUAGCCUGGCUCUCUACGCUCUGUUCCUUUUCUACUUCGCGACCAGGGACCUCCUGAGGCCCUUCGAGCCGGUGCUCAAGUUCCUCACCAUCAAAGCCAUCAUCUUCCUCUCCUUCUGGCAGGGAAUGCUGCUGGCCAUCUUGGAGAGGUGUGGCGUCAUCCCCGAGGUCCAGGCCGUGGACGGCACCAGGGUGGGGGCUGGUACCCUCGCCGCUGGCUACCAGAAUUUCCUCAUCUGUAUCGAGAUGCUGUUUGCCUCACUUGCGCUGCGCUAUGCCUUCCCCAGCCAGGUGUACUCAGAGAAGAAGAACUCACCAGCCCUACCAGCGCCUCUGCAAAGCAUAUCCAGCGGCUUGAAGGAGACCAUCAGCCCACAGGACAUCGUCCAGGAUGCCAUUCAUAACUUCUCGCCGGCAUACCAGCAGUAUACACAGCAGUCCACCCACGAAGCCCCUGGGCCUGGCCAGGGUGGGCACCCAUCGCCCAGCACCCACCCUGGCCCGGCCAGUGGCUCCGGAGGGGGUAAGAAGAGUCGCAACUUAGAGAAACGCAUGCUGAUUCCCUCAGAGGACCUGUAGGGGGUGUGGGGUGUGCGGAGCCUAGCUGAGGACCCACCCAUCAGCAUCUCUUAACGGAGGCCCAGCCUCUCCUGAGAGCUUACUGUGGGGCGCAUGGGGGCCUCUCUAUUCCAUGUAUAGCCCAGAGUAAAGUUACCUGGGCGAACCGGACAAACCCAAGGACCCAGUGAGAUGCCUUAGUUACAGCCUGCAGGUGGAACUGUGAGUUGGCCCUUCCUUCCCGGGGCAGAAGAAACGGAUGGUUAGAUCCCAGGCUGUGUCGCUGCAGAGAGAAAUGGCCAGGGAGAAUGGGCCCAGUCACUCAGGGCUGGGGAGCCACAUAGUCUGGGCCUGGCAGUGGCUAUCUUGGGUGCAAGAAAAAGGCCCCUUGCCCCGCAUUCUAGCACAGAUCCUUGGCGAGGUGCUCCCAGGGGCAGCCAAGGCUACCUAGCACAACAGGGUUGCCAGUGCGCCAGCCUGCCAGCUACUAACUGCUUAUUUAUAGAUAAACGCCUUGCAUUUUCUAGAGUC